AUGGCUUCAACCAAGCAACCCCCAGUCCCGAAAGACGAGAUGGACCCCUUCUUUUCCAAUAUGUCACUCCGCGCCAAUGCUCCCACUCAAUCGAGCCAAUCCGCCGAGAAAGGCCCUUUUCAUUACUACGCUAUGGAGAUGAAAAGCCUGGUACAGAAGAUCCAGGAUCUCCGUCAUCUAGGGAUCGAGGACAGCAGAAUUGUUCUCCCCAAGAUUUGUGUGGUCGGAGAUCAAAGCACGGGAAAGAGCUCCCUCAUCGAGGGAAUUUCUGAAAUAAAAGUUCCUCGGGACACGGGAACUUGUACUCGUUGCCCCAUGGAGAUAAACCUCUCUGACAGUGAUCACCCUUGGCAAUGCGUGAUCCACAUCGCACGCAGAUACACGUAUCUGCCAGACAACUGCGGCCGGGGUACACAGCUUCCCACCAAAGCAAAGCCACUGGGACCUUGGAUUGAAUCGGGGAGCAACGAAGACGAGCACUUCAAGACGCUAGUCAACAAGAGCGAGGUUAGAGAAGCGAUCUGGUUAGCACAGCUUGCUGUGCUGAACCCACAGAUGAACUCCCAGGAGCUUGUCCCGGGCAACAACCGGGCCACAGCUACACAGAAGACAGCUCUAGUCAAAUUCUCACCAAACGCGGUGCGCCUGGAUAUUUCCGGUCCUGGAUUGCCUAAUCUUUCAUUCUAUGAUCUCCCCGGUGUCAUCAGCCAAACGGAGCAUGACGGCGAGAAGUACCUUGUUCGGCUCGUCGAGAAUCUGGUCAAAAACUACGUGUCGCAAAAGAAUUGCAUUGUGAUUCUCACGAUGCCCAUGACGGAUGAUGCAACAAACUCCAGUACUGCCCGUAUUAUCCGCGACAUCCAAGGCGCCAAGGAGAGAACCCUGGGAGUUUUGACCAAGCCGGACCGCAUGUCCAAUGCCGAGUCGUUUGAUCAGUGGAUUGAGAUUCUAGACCGGAAGAAGUUUACGUUGGGGCAUGGAUACUUUGUCAUAAAAAACAACCCCGAUCCGUUCGUCAGCCACGUCCAGGCAAGAAUGGAGGAAGAGAUGUUUUUCGCAGAACCACCUUGGAAUGCAGAGCUGGCAGCGUAUGCAAGCUUAUUCGGCACUGCAAAGCUUCAGAGCUCACUGUCUGAUCUGCUUCGAAAACAAAUUCUCGGAUGUUUGCCCUCGAUCAUUGUUCAGAUUGACGAAAAGGUUGAUGCUAUCAACACGGAACUGAGCAGCCUACCAAACCCCCCAACCGAAGAUGUCCAGAGAAUCCUGUGGGGCAAAACAUCCGACUUCGAGCACAUAGUUCAGGGGGUAUUUGAUGGCAACUCCAGCGUGAGCCCAACAACCAAAAAGCCUUUGCAAGAGGAUUGGAAUCGUGUUGUCAUGGACUUUCAGUUGGCCUUGUUGAGAACGCGUCCCGUUCUUGACAUGAAUGCAUCAACAGAUAACGAGGACCUUGCGGAAGAUUCAGACUGCGAGAUCCAGAUGGUCAGAUUUUCGUCAAAGAAACGCAAGCUGUCUGUGGACGUGAAGGUGGAAGAUAAACCUCAGUCCAAGUCGGUCUCAGCCUCUGCCAAAAAGGCCACAUUCAACACCAAGCUCUUCGAUGACCGUGAAGGAGCUACUCAUCGUUUCACAUUGGAGGCGCUAUCAGAGAUCAAGAUCCGGUCAAAUACUGUGGGAGUCCCGAACCAGCUUGACCCCCGGGCAAUUGACAACCUCAACAAGAAGAGCAUUGAGCACUGGGGACAAUUGACCGACACUUUUAUCAAUGCCUUGCACAGUCUGGUGCAGGAGACCCUUCUUACCGCUCUACAGGAGGAAUUCACAGAAUACCACCAAACCGGGUUGUACAAGGAGUUGAAUAGAAUCUUAGAGAGUUAUUUGUUUAAUCUUCGAGACCAGCACCUCAAAUAUGUCCAGGACUAUUGGCGCAGCGAGCAUGGACAGCCAUUUACAAUGGCCCAGACGCAGCACCAAGUGCUCAUGAAGCAAGCGUUCGAGACACUCAAGGCACGACGUUUCAACGCCCGUUCAAACGCCUGGUUGAAAGUCCGAGGCUACGAUAUGACGGAUGAGAAACUGAUUGCCGACAGGAAGAAGAAGAUUACUCAGGAGGAUCUAGGUGUGGAUCAAUAUGGUCAGGAAAUCGAGAUGAUGGCCAGCUCACUUGCUUAUUAUGAGAUCGCUCGUUCUCGUUUUCUGGAUGUGUUGUGUCAGUCUGCUCAUACCAAGUUGAUAAGAAAGUGUCGUGGAGACCUAGUCAACAGCAUUCGGGACGAGCUCCAGAUCUUUGGGGACAACGGACGCGAACGUUGUCUUGAACUGAUGGCUGAAGACGCAGAGCGCCAGAAUCGUCGUGCUUUUCUGUACAAAGAGCGAGAGAAAUUUGCCAAAGCGCAAAAAUGGAUCUCAAGCCUCAGAAAUGGGGGUAUUGAAAUGGUGGGCUCAAAGCUGGAUAAUGAAUUUUAA